GUAGUAAUUACGCCUGUGAGCGGUGUGUGUACGUGAUAUCUAUUAGAAUAAAAAGCUAUUUUUGUAUAUGUGAGAUGGCUAACGAACAUCUUAGUUCUAGUUUUUCUUACACGGGUCUCUUGCAUCAGGAUAACAGAUAUUUUCAAUCAGGAUGGCAAAAAGUUUGCGAAGCAAAAGAAGGAGAAAGAUGAGGGCGGAGAAAAGAAAGAAAGUUGCCCCCAAAGAACUGGCUCGACUCAAAACAGUGCUGGGUCAGGGAGAGAAAGGAGAGGUCAGUAUGAAAGAUGUGGCUGAGAUCGCCACCGUGGUGCCGCCUGAGAAAGUGAAGCAGAAGCCAGAGGAUGUGGAGAUGCAGGAAGAACAUGCGGAUGGUGGAAAGAUGGAUUUAGACACUAAACGCAAUAAAAAGACAAUGUUGGACGAUGAAGGACGGUAUCCGGUUUCGAUGAACCAAAGGAAUAUAAAGAAGGUGAAAGCCAAACGUAUGGCUACAAAAGGAAAACCUAAGAUGAAGAAGGGGCUCGCCUGGUAGAUGAACUGAUCUGCUUGUGCACGGACAUUAUGCCUGACAUAGCUGUACAGGAGCUUUGCUGUGCAUCUUUUACUUUUCUAUGGACUGUUUAUGCAAUCUUCCAGUGUCUGGAAGAGGCAGACACUGUAAGUCACCCACACUGUACUACACAACGGACUCUUCCAGUGAAAUAUACAUUUUUCCUCUCUACUUCAAUCUCUCACUCUGUUAGUCUGCUUUACUUUGAAGUAAAAAUCCAAUAUACCUUUC